CCUAUGCUUUACCAGACCUCUCUGUGCUUUACAGUGCUUCCCUAUGCUUUACCAGACCUCUCUGUGCUUUACAAUGCUUCCCUAUGCUUUACCAGACCUCUCUGUGCUUUACAGUGCUUCCCUAUGCUUUACCAGACCUCUCUGUGCUUUACAAUGCUUCCCUAUGCUUUACCAGACCUCUCUGUGCUUUACAAUGCUUCCCUAUGCUUUACCAGACCUCUCUGUGCUUUACAAUGCUUCCCUAUGCUUUACCAGACCUCUCUGUGCUUUACAAUGCUUCCCUAUGCUUUACCAGACCUCUCUGUGCUUUACAAUGCUUCCCUAUGCUUUACCACACCUCUCUGUGCUUUACAAUGCUUCCCUAUGCUUUACCAGACCUCUCUGUGCUUUACAAUGCUUCCCUAUUCUUUACCAUGCUUUUACUGUGCUUUACCACACUUGGCUGUGCUUUUAUAAGGGCAGAUACAGUUUGGAAUACCUUCCUAUUAUCUGUGUAAUGUGUGUUUACUUACCCCCACUCUCCCCAGGGUCUCUGAAUCAGGAUGUUUGGGUUAGUUUGGGGUGUCAAACUCAACACUGUUAAUGAUGCCCUCUCUCUGACUAACACCCCUCCUCCUCCCCUGUCUCUGUCUAUCCACCCAUCCACCCAUCUAUCUAUCUAUCUAUCUAUCUAUCUAUCUAUCUAUCUAUCUAUCUAUCUAUCUAUCUAUCUAUCUAUCUAUCUAUCUAUCUAUCUAUCUAGUAAAUACAAUACAGUACUGUCCAUUGGCUUCCACUAUACUGUACUCAAUUGAAUUGAAUUAAAUUAAAUUAUGACUAUCCGCUUCUGCACUGAUACGUUUUGAUAAUGUACUGUAUUAUUAAACCGCACAGAUUAUCGAAACGUGAAUUAUUGAAACACAGAUUAACGGGAUUCUACUGUGUAUUUAUCUAUAUCUAUAUCUAUAUCUAUCAAUCAAUCAAUCAAUCAAUAUUUAUUUUAUAUAGCGCCUUUCAUAGUGGACCGCCAUCACAAAGCGCUUUACAAGAUAGUGAGGAGCAAUGCAAAUACAUUAAAUACAGUGAAAUACAGGACAUAGUGCCUUAAAUACAAACAGUAAAAAACAAUGCAAAUACAUUGAAUACAAGCAUAUUACAAUGCAAAUACAUUGAAUACAGGCAUAUUCCAUUAAAUACAAGGCUAGGAUGUGAAUUCUAGACACUGUGGAUGCGUUUGUCACACAGAAUCAUACAAAUAAAGUGUGAAAACCCUGAAAUAGCAAUUUAGACAACAGCUGAUAACAGAGAUCAGGCUUGAAGAGCAUUGAAAGCAAGAGAGAACAAGCAGGUCUUGAGAGUUGAUUUGAAGCGAGCGACGGUGGGAGCGUGACACACCGAAGCUGGGAGAGACUUCCAGAGAGUCGGGGCCAUGAAGCUAAACGAGCGCUCUCCGAGUGUGGGGCGCUUUUGCUUGGGGAUAACAAGCAGGCCAGAGUCGGAGGACCUCAGCUUGUGGGCAGGGGCACAGCGGGUCAGCAGGUCGGAGAGAUACUCUGGACCUGUGUGAUGAAGGGACUUGCAGACGAGCAGGAGAAGUUCUAAAGUAAUCCUGAACUUUAGUUGGGUAAGACGUUUUUCACAUCUGGUAAGGAUCCUGGCAGGGGCAUUCUGAACCAGCUGCAGUAGGUUUAUGACGCGUGCCAGGAGACCACCGUAGAGAGAGUUAUUAUUAUUAUUUAUUUCUUAGCAGACGCCCUUAUCCAGGGCGACUUACAAUUGUUACAAGAUAUCACAUUAUUUUUUACAUACAAUUACAUUGUUUUUACAUACAGUUACCCAUGUAUACAGUUGGGUUUUUACUGGAGCAAUCUAGGUAAAGUACCUUGCUCAAGGGUACAGCAGCAGUGUCCCCCCACCUGGGAUUGAACCCACGACCCUCCGGUCAAGAGUCCAGAGCCCUAACCACUACUCCACACUGCUGCCCAGAGUCAAGAGGAGAUGAAUGCAUGACAGAGUAUCUCCGCAUCUGGGAGGGAAAUGUAGGGACGGACCUUUGAGAUGUUUCGGAGAUGGUAGAAGGAGGAUUUGACUGGAGAGGAGAUGUGGGCAUCAAAGGAGAGGUUGCUGUCCAGAAGCACACCAAGGCUUCGUACUGCAGGAGAAGGCAGCAGCAGACAGUUUCAGGGCAGCUAUAUUGAGAUUCUUGAGUUUUAGAUCCUACUAGAUGGAGUUCAGAUUUGCUAGUGUUCAGCUGAAGACAAUUGGCACACAUCCGGGCCUCGAUGUCUUGGAUGCAGGCCGAGAGCCAGACCAGGCAGAGGAGCUACCAGGGUCCAGUUUUAAGUAGAGCUGGGUGUCGUUAGCAUGGGAGUGAAACAUGAGGCUGUGCUGGUGGAUGAGGUGACCCAAGGGAAGCAUGUAGAUGUGGAAGAGAAGAGGCCCAAGAACAGACCCUUGAGGGACACCACAAGUGACCGGGUUAGAGUCAGCACUGCGUCCAUCACAGAAGACAUGUGUCCAGAUAGGUAAGAGGACAUCCAGGAGAGACAGGUUCCAGAGAUCUCUCUCUCUCUCUCUCUCUCUCUCUCUCUCUCUCUCUCUCUCUCUCUCUCUCUCUCUCUCUCUCUCUCUCUCUCUCUCUCUCUCUCUCUCUCUUUCUUUCUCUCUCUCUGUCUGUCUCUCUGUCUCUGUCUCUCUCUCUCUGUCUGUCUCUGUCUUUGUCUCUCGCUCUUUCUCUAUCUGUCUGUCUAAAAGUUGUCUGAAUGAAUCCGGUUUUGAACACCAUUACACACAGCUGGAACAAUGACUAUAGUCACACAGUUAUUGUUUUGAGAUUCAGCUUUUAUCAGGGAGCUCCCCUAAAUCCCUCGUUUAGAAAGACACGGGGUAUUCAUGCUUGUGACGUCAUAGCCGUGUGCGGGCGUGCGUUCUCUGCUGAGCGACGGGCAGGAGAUCCAGACGGAGGUUGAAGUUGAUACGCCCCCCGCAGGCGAACAGGAUUUAUUACAGAUCAACACACUGAACAGCUCAGGCGACGCUGCCAGCAAUGGUAGAGCAUGGAGCUCGCACAACACAGCGAAGGAAAACUUCUGUGGGAUCUCCAGUCUCUGAACUAAUCUUCUCUGUUCAAUCAUAAACUAACGUUGCUGAAGAGCUUGAUCAUAGCAGAUAAACUGUCAGGGCAGAUGUGUGACGGAUUAAUGUAAUUGAGUGGAAAAAUAAGAUAGCAACUGCUCAGUAAACUAAUAGAGGUGACCCACCUUCCCCUGUCUCUUAUGGUGCAAGAACGUUUAUGAUACAAGACCCAUCUAAUUCAGAUUAUAAGGUAUAGUCUCAGUAAAGCUGCUCUAUCAACACUUUGGCACCUGGUCUAGCAAUUAAACUUCAUUACCGGGCAGUUGAGACCCCCUUUGGAGUGGGGGAGCGUGAGAGAGAGGGAGAAGGAGGUGUGAAGCAAGGGAUGGGUAGAUAGCUAGAUAGACAGAGGGGUGAGGGGAGAAGUGUCAAACAAUUUGGCAGACUUCAAAAGGUUUUGGGUCACCUAUAUAAGGUUGCGUUUGGAGGCAGGUUUUAUUUGUGAUCGCAAGAGAGGAGAGAGAGACAGAGAGAGAAGAGACUAGGCUGUAGAGGGAGAGAAAGAGAGAUUGAGAAAGAAAAAGGUAGCUACGGUUAUUCAAUCUAUGUAUUUAUCAGGGAAAGCGUUUUCAGUUAUUUCCAUGCUGGAAAUUUGUAACUAAAAAAAAACAAAAACAUUUUAGAUUUGGAUAUUUGAAAGAAAGAAAGAAAGAAAGAAAGAAAGAAAGAAAGAAAGAAAGAAAGAAAGAGAAAACAUUUCAUUUUUCUUUUUAAUUGGCUAUUGUUGAACUGUGUUUUUUAAUUUACAUAUUUCUGUAUUUAUAAUACAGAGAGGGGGAGAGAGAGAGGCUUAUAAGCAAACAGCUUUUUUUAAUUGAUCUUAAAAAAGAUAGAUAUCUGUGCUUGCAUCGGAUCUCGGGAGGGGAGGGGAAAGAGAGAGGCGUUUAUCAGAUUGAUAUCAUAACAUUUAAUUAAUAUCAAGUUUACAUUAACUCUAUAUAGGUAGCAGAAAGAAAAGGUUUUUAUUGUGGGGUUUAUAGAUAGAUAGAUAGAUAGAUAGAUAGAUAGAUAGAUAGAUAGAUAGAUAGAUAGAUAGAUAGAUAGAUAGAUAGAUAGAUAGAUAGAUAGAUAGAUAGAGCAAGUGUGACAGGGAGAGAGCUGGAGAGAGGGUGAGUGUGAGAAUAAGGAGAGAGGGAGUGAGGGAUCACGAUGUUCCAGGCGGAGUUCUACUCUCAGUUUGGGGGUCCCUUCGGAGUGAGGGGCCCGGCACUGAGGGGCCCAACACUGAGUGCCUACCCAGGGACCAUACCAGAACACUACCGCUACCACACAGAUCUGGAUGGCCCUCCCACUCUGCCUCGCUUUGACCCUCUGUUCCCGCCUCCCUGCGAGGUCCCGCCCCCAGCCCCUCUGCCCCGCGUGUUGGCCCCGCCCCCCUCUGCGAUGUCGCUGGCUCUGGGCGGAGCCGGGGGAGGGUCGGGGGCGGAGUCUGGUAGGCUGCCCCAAUCAGUGAAGCUGCAGCUGGAGAAUCAAGACCUGUGGAAACAAUUCAACAGCAUCGGCACUGAGAUGAUCAUCACCAAGGGUGGCAGACGCAUGUUCCCCCAGUGUAAGGUCUCUAUCUCCGGCCUGGACCCGGGUUCCAAGUACCUGGUUCUGAUGGACGUGGUUCCAGUGGACAGCUCUCGGUACCGCUGGCAGUCUGACCGCUGGGACGCCGUGGGCAAAGCAGAGCCCCGCCUCCCGGACCGGAUCUACAUUCACCCCGACUCACCGGCCUCGGGCAGCCACUGGAUGGGCCGCAGCGUAUCCUUCCACCGGGUCAAGCUGACAAACAACACCCUCGACUCCCAGGGACACAUUAUCCUGCACUCCUUACAUCGAUACCAGCCUCGCUUUCAUGUGGUCCAGGCCAGCGACGUGUACAGUAGGAGGUGGGGGGGCUGCUCUUCGUUCUCCUUCCCUGAGACCCCCUUCAUCACUGUCACUGCGUACCAGAACGAGAGGAUCACCCAGUUAAAAAUCCAAUCGAACCCGUUCGCAAAGGGGUUCCGAGAGCACGGAAUGAACAGCAAGAAAGAACGAGAGGCGAGGCUUAAGAGAAAAUGUAAAAAUCCUUUGAAUGAUUCAGAAUUGACAUACGAACCAGUCUGUAAACAGCUCUCCGUACCAGACCCUUGUGACUCUACAGAAAUCCUUGAAGAAACCGAAAUCCCAGCCUUGGGCUUGCCUGCCCUCCCCGUCCCCACCCCGGCCUGCUCCUACAGCCCGGCCUCCUCCAGCUUCCCCCAGCCGCUGGGACCAGGCGAUCUGCUGGGCUCCGGCAGCGAGCAGGUCUUCAUCGCUCAGCACCAGGAGGAGAGAGAUUUCAGCGCCGUGCAGACAGCAGGACAGACAGAGAAUCUACUGACCGGAGCCGCACAAUCAGAGCCGGACGGACCGAGGGUCUCUGAUCUCCCUAUGGUACCCCGAAACUAUGAGAGCUAUCCCACACCACAGAUCAGCCAGCCGGGGUACCCCCUCCACGCCCCCGAGGGGAGCCCGGCGCCCCAGGACCCCGGGUUCAGACAGGCGCCCCCUCCCUUCUCCCACAGCGCCCCCUACGCCCCAGAUUUGAACAUGCAGUCCGUCCAGAACGUUCUGUUUCAGGGCUACGAGAACCAUCAAGCCGCUAACUUCGCUGCCCGCUGUCCCGAUGCGUUUUCGGGGUACACCGACCUCCGCUAUCCCCCCCACCCCCACUUCUAUCAGGACCCCUGCGGGAAAUUCGCAAUUCCGUACAGGCAUCUCUACGGACAGCCUGCCGCCUCCUAUCUGGAUGUUGCAAGACCCAUGUUUUGAAAAAAAAAAACAUCUUUAGAAAUUUGAUUUUAUAUAUAUAGGUGAUUUGUAAAAUGUGAGUUUCAUUUGAAUGAAGGAAAUAUGGAGUCGAAUUUCUGGUGAUAGAAUUAUAGGCUCUUUUAAAAGUUGUUUCUGUGUUUUAAUAAAAUAAUUAAAUUGA